AUGUUCUUGCGUUCUCAUUUAUUGUAUUGCAUUGCAUUACGACGACGACAAGUUUUAGAAGUAUUAACAAAAAGUACAAAUAAUCAACAAUUAGCUAGCAAUUCGGAAAAACUGAAAUUCUUGUCUCCACAACAAAAAGCAACAAAUGAUUAUUGCCCGAUUUUAAGCGUUGAAAAUAUGUUAUAUAAAGCGAUAUUAACGCUAUUAUUUACCGGCUUAAUAUGUGAAGCAACAGUCGCAGCACAAGAACGGUAUGAGGAAGCGCUCAGACAUGCCCAACGACAAAUACGAGCUGCUGUGGAUAAUGCCAACUCAGCUGUAAGGGAUCACACCCUUAUUGACAAUCGUGAUUGUGAAGAUCUGAAAACGCUCUGCACGCACAUCAAAUCGACUGAUAACCUUUCGGUCUUAGAAUGCGUGGCCACAUUUACAUCGAGCCAAUUGGAGGCCCUGUCUGAUAAGUGUCAACAUGCGGUGUGGCAUGAAACUAAAGAGUUGCUGAACAAUAAGUGGAUUGAAGAUAAUCUCUUGAAGAAGACAUGUAUGAAGGAGAGAGAUAAACUUGAAUCGUGUAUCAAUGCUGUUGAUAUAUGGUCCUGCAUUAAGGAUCGAGCACAGCUAAUGGAACAUGGCAACAAAUGUCGUUCAUACAUAAAGAGAGUCAGCGUCGUGCUGUUCCCGGACUUUGAUAAUUUGGGAGAUUUCUUCAAUAGCUGUUCCAUGGAAUUACAGCAACUAGAAUGUGGACGCCUGAAUAUCGAACACAGAUCCAUAUCACAACUUGAAACUGCCGAGUGUCUAUUGCAGACGGGUGCUGAUGUUUUGGGCCAACCAUGUAAAGCGGCUGUUGCUCGUAUAGAACAGCAAAAUGAAGACUUGCGGUUCUUUGAUAUUUGCUCGGAAGACCUCAAACAUUUGUGUCCCGAAGAGGUGACAAGAACGCCGGGAGCUUUUAAGUGUUUGGUUAAAAAUAAGGGAAAUCCUGGGAUGACUACCCGUUGUGCCGAUCAAAUUAGUCAGCGAGAUCGUGAAAUUGCUAAGGACUAUCGAGUAUCCCAUGGUCUGGCGAAAGCAUGCAAAGACGAUAUUAAGCAGCAUCAUUGCCGUCGUGGCGUUUCCGAAGACAAACAGGUGCGUUUGGCGCAGAUUCUGCUUUGUCUGGAGACAGUUGAGAAGAAUGGUACGAAAAUCUCCCCAGAAUGCCGUCUUGAAAUCGAUGAUCAUCGCCGUAUGUUGAUGUCCGAUGGACAAUUGUCUCCGGAAAUUUUAAAUGAUUGCGCAGAUGAUAUACCAAAGUUCUGUGGAAAUGUAGAUAAAUUGUCAAAUAUUGGUAUGGGUCAAGGAACGGGAGGUGAAAUUAUCCAUUGUCUAAUGGAACAUGCUCGCAAACGACGAAAAGACAGGCGUAUCACAUCACAAUGUCAACGGUCACUGGAGACAUUAAUUAAGGUCUCCGAUGUGGGAGAAGAUUGGCGUGUAGAUCCCGUACUACGACGUAAUUGUAAACCCGUAGUAGAUUUGGCUUGUCGAGACACGGAUGGUGGUAAUGCCCGUGUAAUGUCAUGUCUGAUGGAACAACUGGGUACACCAGCAAUGACCCCAGAUUGUGAACAUUCUCUGCUACUGAUACAAUAUUUCGUGGCUAGAGAUUUUAAAUUGGAUCCUCAAUUGUAUAAACAUUGUCAUGAUGAUGCCAUCAAAUAUUGUCAUGCUAAAAAACAAUGGGAUGAUGUCGCUGACAUACAAAUGGAUCCCGAAAGAGGUCCACUUAUUCUGCCCUGUCUUCAUCGUAUGGCCUAUAGUGAGGAUGAACAGAAUACGUUGAGGCCAGCUUGUUUUAAGGAAGUUAAACGGGUUAUGCGCCAGAGAGCCGUAUCGGUGGAUUUAAUACCCGAAGUAGAGGAUGCUUGCAUUGAUGAUUUGUCAUACUAUUGUUUUGAUCAUACGGAGAAGGGUGCGGAAAUGGAUUGUUUACAAACUAAUUUGGAGAAGUUACAAAAGUCUUGUAAGGAUGCCGUUACAUCAUAUACCGAAGAAGAAGCAGCACAUGUCGAACUCAAUCCCGUCAUUAUGUCCGUAUGCACUGAGGCUAUGAAAACACAUUGCGAUCAUAUUCUAAAAGGUGGAAAAGAUCGUGGCGAUAUGAUGGAUUGUUUAAUUUCGCACAAAAAUGAUGCCGAUCUACGACAAGAUCUAAAAUGUCGUGCAGCUAUAGAACAUUUUCAAAUUAUUUCGCUGAAAAAUUAUCAUUUCACAUAUAAGUUUAAGGAAGCCUGUCGUCCACAUGUUGUACGUUUUUGUGCCGGUAGUACCACUAAAAAUGAUGUGGUAGCUUGUCUGAGCGAAGUUAUGCGUAACGAUACGAUACGUGGUCAACGGCCGCGCAUACCAAAAGAAUGUCGUCAGCAGGUCAAGGCGCAAUUAUAUCAGCAGCGUGAAUCUCUAGAGCUGGAUCCAAAAUUGGCCAAGGCAUGCAAAAAGGAAAUGGAACAAUUCUGUGGGGAGAAAAAGGGACCGGGACAGGUGAAUAAAAAGAAUGCUCUGGAAUGUUUAACCUUGAAUACACCCAGAUUGGGUAGUGACUGUCAUCAUGCCAUAUUCCUAGUCAAAAAAUCCGAACUUGGCGAUAGUGCAACCGACUACACAUUGGUAAAUACUUGUAAAGAAAUGACCUAUAAAUAUUGUUCCAAAGAGGAUCCGAUGCGUUUAUUGGAUUGUCUGAAAGUCUACAAGGAUGAUCCUUCAUUUGAUGCCCGCUGCCAUUUGGUUGUUGUAAAUCGCAUGAUUGAACAGAAUACAGAUUUUAGAUUUAAUCCCUCGCUACAAUUUCAUUGUGGUAAAAAUAUAGAUCGUUAUUGUUCGGACAUAGUUGCCAAUGCCCAGCCUAAUGAGGAAUUGAAUGGAAAGGUAAUUCAAUGUCUCAAGGAUAAAUUCCGCCAAUCGUUAUUGGACGAAGAAUGUUCUCAGGAAAUGGUGAAGAUACUACAAGAGCAGGCUCUUAAUUAUAAAUUAAAUCCCUUGUUGCAAACAUUUUGUAAACAUGAAAUUGCCGUCCUUUGUAAUCCAGAAAAUUAUGUCCAAGAACAUGGCAUGGUUGAGGAGUGUCUUAAAACAGCAUUUCUUAAUCAGAAAAUUGUAAACCGAGAUUGCCGCCUGGAGGUGGCGACUUUAAUUGCUGAGGCGAAAGCUGACAUACACGUUGAUCCCAUACUCGAAGAAGCGUGUACAGAUGAUUUAUUGCGUUAUUGUUCGAAUGUGAAAAAAGGCAAUGGACGAAAACUAAAAUGUUUGCAAACAAUUUUGCAAGAUCAUUCAAAAGCCAUGGAAGAAGACUGCCGCCUAAAACUACAAAGACGCAUUGAAAUGUUCCGAAAUGCCGACACGGUAUUGGUUCAACCACCGGAAAAUAUGGAACAAUUAGUUAAUCAAGUUGUUACAUCGCCAGCGAAGAAAUUCUUUAUCGUAAUUUUAAUGACGGCAGUUGGUAUGGUAUUUAUGUUGGGUAUAUUCUUCGGUCGAGUCACUAAACGUGCAAUGAACACCAAAAAUAAAUAAUAUUUA